AUGAGGCAGCCGAGCCGCGGCAGGGUUUCAGAAUGGCUGACGCCUUUAGAGAUGCAGUAUAAGGAACCCUCAGAAAAACAAUUGCUUGACCAAUAUAAGUGGACCCCGCAAAACGUAGAACUUUCGAGAGCAAAAGACUCUCAGGAUGUUACGGAUGACCUCCUAGCGGUGAAAUUAAAACUCGUAUCAACACUUAAAAGUGCCAAAGAACUAGCAGGCACAUUGAAAAAACAGAUCGGCGAUAUAGAAAUUAAAGAGCGCUAUCUAAAGGAAGCUAUUGCCUAUGGAAAGAGCGGAGUCACAACACUGAAUGUAUUUACGACUAGUAGAGAUCCCCGAACCUACAUUAUUCGAGAUGGUUUUUGGUAUAUUUGCGAUGGACUUGUGCAGAACUCAAUAGCAUCUAGGAAUAUCUUUAGUGACAUUUCAGUUCCUAAAUGUAUAGGACAAGAGAUUCCAAGCAUACGUGAUCCCUGCGUUUUUAACUCCAUUAUUAAAUACGAGACAAUUCCAACUGUGAGACGAGCAAUAUACGAGGAAGACAACUUUUUAUGUCUCAAACCUAACUUUAAUUUAACCUUGGAACAAUAUCAAUCUGUGCCAAAACAAGUUGUUAAUGAUACAUGCAAAAAAGGCACUAUAAAAAGCCUAUCUGAUAAUUUGAUGGGCUGUGGCGCACGCAUUUUGGCGGAAUACAGCUAUUACCCCAACAGAAAUAUAUUACCUGCAGACUUACAAGAAUAUUGUGCAGAAAUCGAUGGUUCCUGCAAGUUGAUCGUUGCGUGGCAUCUAUCGAAUUCUUCAAUCGAAAAUCAUGAAACUCUAAGCAAUGAUAAAAAUUUCAAAAGAACUUUUCUGAAAAUGGGUUUGUUUAAACAAAUAAAAGUGUAA